CCAAUUUGGGGUUUUCGGUUGCCCAUUCCAUAUUAAAUUGGGUUUUAUUUUGUAUUUGUAUUUUUGGAUAAUUCAUUCUACAACGACAGAAAACACCGAAUAAACUCCAAAGUUUUUUUUGGCACGCUAGAAACAUAUGGGAAACAUAGGAAACGACAAACCCCUGUCCACGCUUACUUGGUCAGACGGGCAUGUACGAGUAUCAAAUUAUUUAAGAAGUCACUGGUUCAGUCGGGUCUACAUCGGUGUCUUGUCAAAAUUUUCCACCAAUUUCUCUGCGAGAAAACGGAGGAACACGCGAAAUUUUCUUUUUGUGCUCGUAUAAAACAAAACCAUGAUAAAAUCGGACUACAAGAUGAGAAAACGCCUCCACAAGCCUAAGCCCCAAGUGGAGGAAAUUAGCGAAGAAGAUAUUGCCCAAUUCAAAACUGAAGACGGCUUUCCGGUGCAGACUCUCUAUGUGAGUGGAUUUGGUAGUUCUUCCCCAAAUGUUCAGACACUAAUGUCAUCCUUUGCCAAUGAUGGCCCUAUUAAAAAAGUAUCUAUCAAUGAUACAGGCAAGAUAGCGUAUGCCUUCGUGACAUUUUCUGAUGUCAAGAGUGCUCUGAAGGCCCAAAAGACUCCACACUAUUUCAACAGACGGAGGUUAAUCCUCAGGCCAGCAGACAGUUGGCAUCAGCCUCAAGACUGGCGAGAACCUUCGGACAAUGAUGAAGAGAUUGACAUGGAGCAGUCAAUUCUAAAGCUCAACGAUGAUUGCUUAUUCUGCAUCUUUUCCUACCUGAAUUUGCGGGAUUUGGCUGUGAUGGAGAAGGUAUGUACGAGAUUUCAGACUGUUGCCGAGAGUAUCUACAAGUCUCAGCAUGUUCUGGACUUUGAUCAACUUGCCGAGAGCAACCUCAUCACGUUGAUGGAGGUGAAGAAUAUCUCAACAAAGCUGGGUUGCUAUGUGCAUACCCUCAAGGCCUCAUCCACGUCAUUCCGCACCAUCAACAUUCGCGUCCUCAAUACCAUCCUCAAGCACUGCACCAAUCUGCAGACCAUGUACCUCGAAGGCUUUCAUAUCAACACACCAUUCUGCCUAACACUGCUGGCCAAGGCCUUUGGGAAGCUCAAGAUAGCCGCCUUGGAGAAUUGCAGUAUCACAGAUGAGCUGGCUGGAUGUCUUCGGGAUGCACGAGAGUUGGAAGUGCUCAAUCUAACCCAAAACUCUGAGAUUCGGGGUGAAUGUCUUGUAGGUCUACGGAAAAUCAAAGAGAUCAACCUGAGUUACUGCCAAAAUCUCCAGCCGUACUACUUUGUGCAGUUCUGCGAGCGAAAUCCCGAACUGCGAGAACUCAAUAUUAUUCGCUGUGAUAAGAUUAAUCACCUCUGUCUCGAGGCCAUGUCGAAGCAUCUAAAAAAUCUUGAGAGUCUAAUGAUAUGCAACUCAUACGCAACCGUUAGUCCAGGAGACUACGUCAUCCUCGGCGAUAUGCCCAAUCUAACCCAUCUGCAGGUCAACUACAAUAAUUUCCUCAAUGUUGACACCUUCCUGGCGCGUUUAGCUGACCGAGAUCGUUUGGAGUACCUCGAUAUUUCAUCCGGACAUCUCACACGUAACACCCUGAGAGCUUUGGUGAACUUCAGCAAGCUCAAAGUGCUGAAGCUCAAUUACAAGAUUGAAUGUGUGGAUGACACUCUCAUGCUGAUUUCGUCGACUGAAACUCUUCAGGAGCUCCACAUAAUGGGCUGCACGAGUAUCACGAAUGAGGGUCUCGUAGCGUUCAUCACUAAAUGCAGAGCACUGAGGUACAUCAACAUGUCCGGAUGCUAUGGCAUCACCAAUGAUCUCGUCAUCAACAUCCUGCCGCUUCUUGAUGAGCGGACUCAACCACUGGAACUCAUUGUAGGCGGCACGCAGAUUUCUCCCGCUGUAGAAGAACAAAUAAGUUUGGCUGAAAACAUCAAAAUCAAAUUGAAUUACUCGAACACGGCAAAUUCAUUCUGUUCAAUUGAUGAAUGGGAAGAUAUGUUAUAUGGUGAUGAUGAUCCCGAUUUGGAUGAUAUCGAUGACCUAGAUGAUGACGAUAUCCACCCAUUUGCAUUCUUUGACAAUGGCUACGAUGACUCUGAUUUUGAUGAUGAAUUGCUGUUCGAGAUCUAGAAACAAAUGUAUUUUUGGCUAGAAAACCCAUACACUUGAAAAUUCUUAAUUCCCUUCCUUUUCUUUUUCUUUGAUUUGUCAAUUUCCAUACCCUCCCAUGAAGUUUACAUGGAGAAUCUCCUAAUGUAAAAUUAAUUUAGUAAAAAGUGAAAAUUCGAAUAAAUUAAAUUCUGUGAAA